AGACACCCGCCCGGGAGCAAACUAGGCUGGCUUCAGUCAAACCGAGAACUCCGUUAAUGUACUUCAACGAUGUCCAACUCAGAGCUUGUUCUCUCGAUCAUUGCUGUUCUGUUUUACGGCAUCGCCUUCGCGAAUUCCGAGAAUGCCGAUAUAUCGAAGUAUCCCUAUCACGUUUCCGUCGAGUACAAUAAUUCUCACAGCUGUAGCGGCGCGUUGAUAACCGAACUCUGGGUGGUGACGGUAGCUUCUUGUGUGCAUCGACAUGGUGCGACGGGUCUCACCGUCAGAUUUGCAACGACGAUUGUGUCAACGGGUGGAGAACAGUUGGAAGUCGGUACCGUCAUCGUUCAUCCGGAUUUCGAUACGAUAUUUUACGACUACGACAUCGCCUUGUUGAAGCUGCACGUGCCGCUGCAAUUCGGUGAUGGUAAGCAGCCGAUCGUGCUGCCUUCUUCGGAACAUGAAGUCGACGAUGGAACAGCAACCAACGUAACGGGCUGGGUCAUGGGCACGCAGGGUAACUCAGCGCCCCAGUUGACCGUAGUUUCGACUCCAACGAUCAACCAAACGAUCUGCAAGUCCAGCCUACCUUCAUUCAAGGAUCUUCUGGAUUCCAUGCUUUGCGCUGGGCACAUGGACGCGGACGCGGAGGUUUGUCAGGGGGACUUGGGAGCGCCGUUGGUGCACGAAGAGAGGUUGGUCGGAAUUUUGUCGUACGGAUUGGGCUGCGCAGUUCCGACAUUCCCGGCGGUCUACACGAGGAUCAACAGUUUUGUCACGUGGAUCUUUGACCACACGGGGAUUAUAAUUUAUUGAAUUGAGUGAGGGUGUCUGUCGGUGAAUGUCGAAAAUUACGGGAUGUAGCUGCGGUGAGAAUAAAUAAUUUUUUUCCUGCUGAAAUCGUCGAGCAGACGUAAACAAUGUUACUUCACAAACUGUAUCCGAUAAAUUCGGGGAUAAAAAUCACGCAGAAACAGCCCACCUGAACAAGCUUUUACCGGAUUUGAAUUGGUAGCAAAAUUUAUGAAAUCUGUUCGGGGAUUUCCGGUGCGUACGAUUUGCAUAAAUUACCUACCGUUAGACCGGAUCACAGGGAUCCGAAUUCACCGCUGCACUGAAACACGUAGGAAUGCAUGGCGCGCCGUGCAGCGAUGCAGGAAACACACCGAUUUCCACAAUUACAGGGCUCAUAAUUUCGCGGUCUAAUUCAUAUUCAUUACGAGGCGGCAUUGAAAUGAACUAAUAAUCAAUUAUUUCGUGUACCGUUGAUCACUCGGCUAGCAAUAACUUACACACGUCUACCCAUCAGAUCCGCCUUUAAUUCAAUUACAUAUCAACUAAUACCUUGCUCUGAUUCACAGUCAAUUAGUGCCACGUUGCGCUAAUUGCAGAAAAUGCAUAGAGCCUGUAUAUACCUAAUACCCAAACAGCCCCUUUUCGCUGCUGCACAAAGUUACUAACUAAUUAAUCGAUCGAAUC